GGGGAAAGAAGCAAGUCAGAGCUUGGGGAGCCAAACUUCUCAGCAGCUCGUGAACUAGAGAGCAGGGGAACAAGAGAGCGCAGCGGCCCUAAGCCUGCUCGGGAGCCUCCCACCCCGCCUCCCUCGGCGAGGAGGUGCGGAGACUCCGCUGGGGGCGGAGGAGGCGGCCGGGAGGCGGGGAGGGGGAGGCAAACCCUGCCCACUCGGCUCGGAGCCCGGAACGGCCGCGGAAGUCGGAGGCCGGAGCGCAGGGCGACGAGGGCAACGGGGGCGGGGGGCUCCGCUCCCUGCCUGACCCCUGUCGCCCCAAGCCAUCAAAGUGAAGGCUCCUCGGACUUUACAAGCCGGAGGACGGACCGGUUGGAACUGUCAGCUGCUCCGGGUCAAGGUCUAGCCCACCGCCACCCUCCAGUGCCACCCCCAUCCCAUCAUCUCCAAACGCUCCCAACUCACUGGUGAGCGCUGCGGGCCGGGGGCUGGAUGCGGGGACGGCCGCGAUGGCCCCGCGCGCGGGACAGCGGGGGCUCUGGAGCCCGCUGCCAGGGCUGCUGCUCUUGGUGGCGGCGCUGAGCCGACCCGCCGCGCCCUGUCCCUUCCAGUGCUACUGCUUCGGCAGCCCCCGGCUGCUGUUGCGCUGCGCAUCGGGCGCGGAGCUCCGGCAGCCGCCCCGGGACGUGCCGCCUGACGCGCGCAACCUCACCAUCGUGGGCGCCAACCUGACCGUGCUGCGCGCGGCUGCCUUCGCGGGAGGGGACGAGGAGGCGACGGACGGAGUGCGCCUACCGCUCCUCACCGCGCUGCGCCUCACACACAACAACAUCGAGGUGGUGGAGGACGGUGCCUUCGACGGGCUGCCCAGCCUGGCAGCACUCGACCUAAGCCACAACCCGCUGCGCUCCCUGGGCUCCCGCGCCUUUCGCGGGCUGCCUGCGCUGCGCUCACUACAGCUCAAUCACGCGCUGGCUCGGGGCAGCCCAGGGAUGCUGGAUGCACUGGACGCCGCUCUGGCCCCCCUGGCCGAGCUGCGCCUGCUGGGCUUGGCAGGCAACGCGCUGAGCCGCCUGCCACCCGCCGCGCUGCGCCUGCCGCGCCUGGAGCAGCUGGACGCGCGUGUCAACGCGCUGGUCGGCCUGGGCCCCGACGAGCUGCGCGCGCUCGAGCGCGAUGGCGACUUGCCCCAGCCGCGCCUUCUGCUAGCAGACAACCCACUGAGCUGCGGGUGCACCUCGCGCCCCCUGCUGGCCUGGCUGCACAACGCCACUGAGCGCGUACCCGACGCGCGCCGCCUGCGCUGCGCUUCCCCGCGCGUACUGCUCGACAGGCCUCUGAUGGAUCUGGACGAGGCGCGGCUAGGUUGCUCCGACGGCGAUGCACACGAGCGCGGGGAAGAGGUAGAUGUCGCCGGCCCGGAGUUAGAAGCCUCUUACGUCUUCUUCGGGCUGGUGCUGGCGCUCAUCGGCCUCAUCUUCCUCAUGGUGCUCUACCUAAACCGCCGUGGCAUCCAGCGCUGGAUGCGCAACUUGCGCGAGGCCUGCAGGGACCAGAUGGAAGGCUACCACUACCGCUAUGAGCAGGAUGCAGACCCGCGCCGCGCGCCUGCUCCGGCCGCCCCUGCCGGUUCCCGGGCCACUUCUCCAGGCUCGGGUCUCUGAGCAUCUCCUCCCUGGUGGGAGGCUGUUCCUCCUGGUAGCUGAUGACUUUACUGGGGCCAUGCAGCCUUUCCCUGCCUGGCCUGGACCCUGGAGAUAACAUACUCGCGAGUUUGGAUCUCUGAGACCUUUGGAUCAAUCGUAGUAUCUCUCAUACCGAAAUUCCAAGGUGUACUCUUUCCCUGGCCUUAGAGUUUCCAGAUCAAAAACCCAGAUCUGUUUCCAGAAACAAAGCCUGCCUGCCAGUCUGGACCAUUGAAAUUCCUUCUCCCUAUCCAGGCUCACCCAAAGACCCUGCUCUUCCAUUUCUCCACCACUCUACAUGCGUUGAGCCAGACACCCUGGCUAGAUUGCACUGACCCCUGUGCCCGGCUAGGAGACCUCAGUCCCUUUCUCAGAGUCCAGGGGAUCUACCCUUCUGUUUUCUUUGGAAAGUUUUUAUGAAGUUUGAGCCUUUUGUCCCACCCUCAGAACUCUGGGCUCUCCAUCAUGUAACUCACAUGUGAAGCCUCUAUGGUUUCAGUGACCUCUAGUCUGAUGUGCUUCAUACCCUGGUUCUAGCUCAGACCUUCCAUUCCUUGGCCCUGGCUGGGUCUCAGCGCCAGCCUUGUCUCUCUCAUCCCAGAGGCAAGCCUUGGAGUAGAUCCAUCCUUAGCCUUUCUGUUGGGGCUCUAAUGUCCCAACACUCAGUGUUUGUCCUCGAUCUGAAACUCAGCUCUUCACCCCAGUCACUUUCAUGCCCUCAUUCAAGACUUAGGCUCUCAGUUCCCUUGGCAUACAUCGCUAGCACUUUUACCAUUCAUCAAUCAGGGGCCAGAAAGGACUCUCCCUGUGGUGGGGUGCUACUCACUGUCCUUCUAGAAGAAGUUCUCCCAUCCUUCAGGACAAGUAAAAGCACCCCCAUAGCAUAUAGGCAGACUCUAGUGAGGGAAGGAGUGGUGGGGUGAGCAGGGUUUCCAAACCAGGGUCACUAGUCUGUCAGGAAAAGUGAGGCUUGGAAUUGCUGCCCAUCCAGUCCUCUGUGUUCCCCCACUACAUGGUCCUCCCCUGGGAACUCCUUGCUACCACCUCUCAUGCCUUCUGGAAGGAAAUAGAGUCUGACCUCUUGUCUCAGUCUUAGUCGGAAGCUUUCCUGGUCAAGGUCAUGGCCUCAGUGCCCUGCCUUCUGCAUGAUCCCGAAGCACAAUGGUGAGUGAGGAGGGACCGCCUCCCUGCCUCUCACCCUAAGUCAGGCAGAAUGGCAGGCCUGUGCUGCCUCCGCACAGGACGUCUUCCUCCUCUGUGUAUUGGCUUUGAGGCCCGCCUUCCCACCCUCAACUGAGAAAUCUGGACCUCCCUUGGGCUGUUUUCUAUAAAGUCUGCAAUAAUCUCUGA